CAGAAGGCUCUUGCUGCCAUAGGAGUGUUGUACAAUUUGUUGAAAUUAAAAAUGAACUGAAAAAUAUAAGGCAGACAGUUGAUCUUGCUGUUAAACUGCUAAGUAAAUUGGUUGGCUUGGCACCAAAUGACAUUCAGGCAAUGGCCAAUAACGGAGUUUGUACCCCUACAUCAUUACCAGUCAUGGACUGUCUUGCUAAUAUCAACAGUACAUCAGACUGUGGGUUAAGAAGGGAUACAGCCAAAGAGCCCAUGGACAUAACUGUAAAACAGGUUGCAUUUACAGAAGCCAUUUCUGCGAAAGUGGAAACUGCAGUGAAAGCUAAGAAUGGUAAAACAUUUUGUGAAAAUGAUAUUGAUAAAAUAACUGUUGAAGCUGGAAAUUUGAACACAGAUGCUGAAAUAGAAAGAAAUAAAGCAAAUGAAGCUAAGAAUGAUGAAACUACAGUGGAAUCAGGGAAUGAUAAAGGUUCUGUUAAAGUAAAGGGGGACAAAAUCCCGCAGGUUAAUAGGCCUCCAGACUCUUUCUCGUCGCUGUCUGACCAUUUAACUACAUUUGUAAAGACUAAUCUUGCCACUACAUCAUUGUUGGAAAAUCCAGCUGUUAACAUUUCCAAAGAUUGUGCUGCAGUUUCAGGAAAAUCAGUCACAUCUGAUUGCCACACUGUAGUCAUAAAUUCUGACCUCUCAGUGUGUGCUGUACAGUCAGGUGCCAAAGAUAAAAAGACUGAUACUGCCUUACAACCUGAUGCUCUGCAUCAUCCAAGUUUGUCCAAAAUGACUGGAUCAAACAUGUUACCAGCAGCUUGUGAUAUUGGUGUAUCAGCAUUGAAUGAAGUUUGUACAGAUUCAGCAAAUCCCAAGACAGUGGUUACAAACACAGGAGCAGGUCUGAAUGUUGUGAAAGUGAAACAAGAGCAACCAUCAGAAUAUGAUGAUACUGAUAUGAGUGUUUUUGCCAAAAAUGGCGAAGAGAGAUUACAGCAAACUGAGGAUGUGAAAAUGGAUCCAGAGGGAGUGUUUAUAAGUGAUGCCAUGCUACCUGUAUGUGUCUUGGUGAAAAAAGAAGAUGGAUGUGUUACCAAUAAUAGUCUGGAAAAUAGCACUACAUCUUGUGUUGACAGUAACAAUACAGGACAGUUGAGUGGACAGAAUACUGUUGUAAAUACUGGUGAUAAACUACUUGCUUGCAGUGAUCCCCCAAACCAAGUGUCAUCACCAUUACGUCCACUGCUUGGUAGUGCACUUGUUUCAAAAUUAAAGCAGAAGAUUCAAGAAAAAAUUCAAGCUGCAGUUUAUGCAAUAAAUGAAGAGAGGAAAGGUAGUGAAAGUCAAAAUGAUAAUUUAUUAAACACUAACAAAUGUAUAGAAAUUCCACAUUCAUUCAAUAAGGACUCUACAGAUUUGAAGGAAUUAAUGGCAACUCAAAGUAAGUUUUGCCAGAAAUUUUAUCAGUGCAAGUCUUGUGCCAAAAUUUUUUUCUGUAAGGUAGCUCUUUGUGUUCACAAGAAACGUUGCAGGGGUUUGCAAAAACAGUAUCAUUGCAGUUUUUGUCCCCUCAUAUUUAAAUCAAGAGCAGUUUUAUUCAUUCACCAACAGCUGCACUCUGCAAAGAAGACGAAAGGUAGACAUAAAUGUGAAAUUUGUGGACGAGAAUUUAUCCUCAAAUCCACUUUGAGGAAACACAGGCAAUCUCAAGUAUGUAAAGGAUCCAGAAUGAAGUGCUACAGGAAGUUGCCACAGUAUUUCUGUGGUGAGUGUGGACAGGGUUUUUUAAAUUCUACUAACUUAGAAUUACACCAAAAAUUACACAGAGUUGACAAGGUAGAUUCCGGCAGGAGAGUUGAAAAAACAAAUACUGGAAAUCGAGGUACUCCGGUAGUAGUUUCUAGAACUGCUAGACGAUAUCCUUGUAGUUAUUGUAAUGAAGCAUUUAUAGAUCGACGUUCAGUGACAUUACAUGAAAAAUUACAUACUGAUAAAGAGUUUGCAGCAUUUGAUGAGGAGAGGAAAAUGAUCCAGAGGAGACACCAGCUGACAAUGAUGUUACAAAAACAGCAGCAGCAAAGCAACAGGAAGAAGUUUGGAUGUGAUGUUUGUGGUCGAUGUUACUCAAUUGAACUGCUGUUACACAUGCAUACAAGAUUGCAUCAUGCAAUCUCAUAAGUAGAAAAUGGCUCAUACUGCUGUGCCAGAUUACCAAGGGCAUAGUAAUUCAGUGGUGAAAGUGGUUAACUUCAGUAUACCAGUAAUAUGAUCUUGUGUUGCAGUAUUAUAAUGUGUCCUCUUUAUGUUAUGUUAGUUUUGUUUACAUUCUUUAAAUUAUUAACCAUGAAGUAAUAAAAAUAAGGUUGCCAUGCCAUGAACCAUAUUGUGAAGUGUAGGUAAAGCUUUAUGCAUUCUUUAACCUUGGCUCUAAAUGGUUACAACAAUAGUAGUUAAGACCAAGGCUUAUCAUGAAACUAAGAGGGGAGAUUAUCAUUUCCUCAGAAAUGAUGAGUUGAAACUGGAAGAGGGUCAUUGCCUAACCUUGAAUUUCAGGACAUGAAAUGGUUAUUAUUUACUUUAAAACUCAUUGAUGUAUUAUCUGUAUUCCACAGUAGUGUGUAUGAAUAUGUACGUUCCCUGAGGAAAGGACAUGUUUCACAAAUAUCUGUGAAUGAGGUGCUAAAGAUUAUGUACUCAUAUGAGUACUGAACUAACUGAGAAUGUUGAAUUCUAAUCCUUGGGUUUUAGUGACUGAAGUAUGGUGUACAGCUUUGGCUUUCAUGGAUGAGCCAUGUUGAAUGUUAAAGUUAUCAAGCAUUUUGGCAAACACUGCAGUUGCCCAAAUUGAUUAUAGUAAGUAAUGCCAAAGAAAUGCAAGAACUGUGGCUGUUCAGUGUCACUUUCAUGGAAAAAGAAUUAAUAUUUGUGUUUUCUGAUAAUAGUAUCUUUUUAUGUUGUGGUAGACUGUACCAUCUCACUUUCAUCAUAUUAUAAAUAGUGUCUUAUUGGCAAAAGAUGAUGUAUCAAAAUGGGAACAUAGUCUAUUGUACUGCUAUCUAAUGCAAAAGUGCCUUUUAUAAUGUCUUAUAUGUUAUAUCAUGUAUUUUCUGUACAUAAAAAUACAUAUAGAGAGUACUAAAGCA